CACACACACACACACACACACACACACACACACACACACACACACACACACACACACACACGAGCUUUUAGGGGUUGGUAACACAUCUGGCCUGCCUGUUAAACUUGAUUCACCCGUCACCAUGUCCGUGUUGUGUUACAAUAAGGGAUGUGGACAGCGUUUUGAUCCAGAAAACAACCCAGACGAUGUCUGCACCUAUCAUCCAGGAGUCCCAGUAUUCCACGAUGCAUUGAAGGGAUGGUCCUGCUGCAAGAGAAGAACUACUGACUUCUCAGACUUUCUCAGCAUCGCUGGCUGCACAAAAGGUGCCCACAACAAGGAGAAACCCCCUGAGCCGGCAAAACCUGAUGUGACAUCCUCGGGAGAAAACGUAGAUGACCAAAAGCCAAAGUUUAACGAGUACAUCAUCUCUGCACCAAAGCCUCAGGAGGCGAUACGCAGACCAAGUGCUGAUGAGCCGAUGGUGAGAUUGCAGCAUAAAGUCUCUACUUCUCUGAAGCAGGCUCUGGAGAGACUGAAGCUUUCUGAAAAUGCGGAAGAGAAGAAAGAGGAAGAUAAUGACGAGAUCAAGAUUGGAACGUCCUGUAAAAAUGGAGGAUGUACUAAAAGUUUUGAUGGACCUGCGAGCGAUGUGGAUGUGUGCUCAUACCACUCUGGAUUUCCUAUCUUCCAUGAAGGGAUGAAAUACUGGAGCUGCUGUAAGAGGAAAACCUCCGACUUCAACACCUUCCUCUCUCAAGAGGGCUGUACCAAGGGAACGCAUCUAUGGAGGAAAAAAGAUGAUGGUAAGAAAGUGGUUCCAUGUCGGUUCGACUGGCACCAGACGGCCCAGGUCAUCAUCUCCAUCUACGCCAAGAACGCCGUCCCAGAGCUGUGCUACGUGGAUGCAAACAGCAUCACGCUCGACAUCCAUAUUAUAUUUGAGGGAGAGAAGGAAUUUGCGCAAAAAAUCAGCUUGUGGGGAGUGAUCGAUGUGAGUAAAAGCAUCAUAAACAUGAUGGCCGCCAAGAUCGAGAUAGCCAUGAAGAAGUCGGAACCCAUGUCAUGGGCCCGUCUGGACCUUCCACCCCCGCCCCCGCCCAAGGAGGAGCAGAAGGAAAAAGAGGAGACUGAUAGCGAGGACGAGGAUGAAUGAUAAGGAAUUACAAUACAAACAUAGUGAGAGUAUUUUUAGCUGAAUCAAAGACCAUACAGUCCAUUCCUUACCUCUUCAAAGAGUUGCCUCUUUUGCUGUCUUGGAACUAUUGCCUCUACUCUUGAACAUUACAGUGUUUCCCACUUUCAUUCUUUAUUGUCAACGUACAAAGUUUUGGUUCUUUUAUUAGUCAUUAUAUAUGUUUAAAUGCUCAAAAGUAUCCAAGUUUUAUUACAGUUUCUCACUGAAGUACUGCAUGAUAAAUGGAGUCGCAUUGACUUUUAGUUGAUUUUCCAUUAAGUCAGGCGAUGACACUUGGUAAUUGCACUGUAAUCCCCUGGAAAAUAAAACCACACAAUAAGAUAGGAGUCAUUCGGACCAUACUCAGUCUCAGACCCAUAAAGCCUUUUUAUGUGGACUGCUCACAUCAAGUCACUGUAAUGGACCAUAGUUGAGACCAUCUUUUAUAUCCACAAUGUUUGGGAAACAAUUCAUUCCAUCCUGUAGUUUCAUAAAUUGUUUAAAUUAUUGCAUCGAUCGUCCACAAUUAUCACUUCAGACUAAAUGUUGCAUUUAUAUAUAUAUAUAAAUGCAACAUGGAUAUAUAUAUAUAUAUAUAUAUAUAUAUAUAUAUAUAUAU